AUGUUUGUGACUACUGUUGUGAAAACAAAACUUAAAUUAUCAGAAUUUGCUUUUUUUUUUUUUUUUUCAACAGUUGUCACAAUGGCAGCAAUGACCAGAAUACCGUUUGCACGAUCGUUUCGUGGAAAGGUUGUCAUUUACUUGAUUAUCAUUACGUGCCUAGCGAUGCAGAUUCCUCUCUUAAUGUUAUGGACAAAACCCAUAGAUUCGCCACAUCGGAUGUCUGUAUUUCAGACAUUCUCAGAUACAAAAAUCACAAAAGAAACAAUCGUGGAGCUUUUGCACAACAUUUCAAGACAAGUCAAAGUUCCCGGUGUGGAUUGUGCAGCAAUAUUUAAAGGAUCAAAAAACGAAAUUGCUGCAUCCAAGCAUGUGAUAGGAAAUGUCAGUUCUCCACUUUCAGAUUUAUUUUACAUAAAUUUAACCCAAGAUUGUGUGAACUUUCAGAAACAACGUGGGUAUAUAAUGUCGUCAUUGACGGAUGAGGAAGACCAGUUUUCCAUCGCUUAUUCAAUGAUUGUCUAUAAAGAUACUGAGAUGGUAGAGCGACUUUUACGAGCUAUCUACCGACCACAGAACCUUUACUGCAUCCAUGUGGACCAGAAGGCUUCUAAUUCCUCUUUCAAUGCUAUAUCUGCAAUUGCGAAAUGUUUUCCUAACGUAUUGAUGGCCAGUAGGAGAAGCUCCGUAUACUGGGGCACAUUCACAGUGCUUGAACCAGAACUCACUUGUAUGGAGGAUCUGUGGAAGUAUCCUAAAUGGAAAUAUUUAAUCAGUUUGACGGGACAAGAGUUUCCUCUGAGAACCAAUCACGAGCUUGUCAAAAUUCUUACUCUAUAUCGAGGAGCAGUCGACGUAGUUUCAUCAGUCAGAGAAGUAUUGCGUUACAGAUUCCGUGGCAGCAAAGACCCACCUCACGGAUUACAUAUUGUAAAGGGAUCGGUGCAUAUAGUUGUCAACAGAUAUGCAACUUGGGCCUUUAAGCCUGCACAUACUGUCUGUGAGAAAUUUGUGGAUUUCGUUCUCCACCACAAUACAUCUAAAGAUUUGCUUGCCUGGGUAAAGACGACUCAGGUUCCGGAUGAAACGUUUUUUGGUAUGCUCAAUACAAAUCCACAGUUAGGCAUACAGGGGACCUAUAAAGGAAUGCCGGAACACAGCGCUGCUAGAGGAUCAUUUGCAAGAUUUAAGAACUGGGAUGGAACUUCCUGCGCUGGUCGACGUGUCAGGGAAAUUUGUAUUCUUACAACAGGAGAUUUGCCAUUGCUAGGAAAUUCCCCUAUGAUGUUUGCCAACAAAUUCUUUCUGGAAGAAGAUAGAGUGGUCAUCGGCUGCCUUGAGGAGAAAAUCUUCAACGAUACAAGGGAUGAAUACAAAGGCACUAAAGUCUUCAAUAUCACACCUUAUGAAAAUGCAGAUUUCAUUAGGAAUAAAGUAGAGUAG